GAAAUCUGACCAUGCUGGGAAGUGCCGCCAACCUCAUCGUCGCACAUGCCGCCGAGAAUCAAGGUGAGCGGGCCCUCACGGCUACUACGUACAGCAAGUUUUCCUUCCUCCCCACCACAGUCAUCACUCUGCUGGGGGUGCUGGUCAUGCCACCGAUCGGGCCUACCUGGGCCUACCUUCCAGCCCUGGCAGCGCUGUUGGGGGCGGGCCUGUUGGCGCUGGGAGUCUACCUCUGCCAGAGUUGUGGCCAUUCACAGGAGGAGGAGCAGGUCGAGACGGGUUGGAGCUGGAGGAAUCGAGAGGCCUUGGGCCUCUUCCUGAUCUCUGGCUUUGUAGCCGGCCAGCCUUUGGGCCCGUACGAGGGCGCAUGGCUGACUGCAAACCCCGUGCGCCAGUACACGCCAGCUGAACUGGGCGAGCUAAACGCUGUGCAGCAGGUGCUGGUAGCCCUGAUGCAGCCUCUCCUUGGCGGCUUCGUUGAUGGCACAAAAUGGAAGCGAAGUCUAGUUGUCUUUGGGAGCAUCUGCGCAGCGGCCAGCAUAGCUGUUGGCGUGUUCAUGACAGAGUCCUACUGGCUGGAGCUAGCCACGCAGCUCCCUCAAGCUGUGGCCCUCACUUUGGUACCUCUGGCCAUCAACUCCCUCACCUUGGGGGUCACAGAGUCUGGAUUUACACAGCAAGUGGCAUUGAACAACGUUGGUAUCCAUGUUGGUACCGUGGUUUGCUCUGCUGCUAUGGCGGGUCUCUCGCUAACAGGUGGCAAAAGCCACGCGGAGGGCUCCGUGGAGGGCAGCAGCUUUGGCCCUCUUUGGUGUGCCGUGCCCCUGGCUGCUUGCCUGCUAGCUAUACUCGCGCUGCCAAUGGUACGCUACAGCAAAAUCGACCACCGCCGAGCUGCCGGACUGGAAGAUACCGAGAGGCCAUCCGACUUCCGGGCAUUGCCUGAUGCCAAGCUGGGGUAUGAAGCGCUAUUUACACGGAAGGCCUUCCUGUUGGCCUUGCUCUUAUCCUUUUUGUUCAACUUCGCGAAUAUGGCUCAGCUGCAGCUACUCGUGCAGGAGGCCUCAGCCCUUCUUCCCGGUCAAGCCAUCAGCUACACCUCAGCCGCACAGAUUGUGGCUCAUCUCGGCAUGUUGGGCUCCAGCGUCGUUGUUGGGAAGAUGGCCGAUCGAGGGCGCAAGCGCCUGGUUCUUGCCGCCUGCCUCACAGUCACCGUUCGUGCUUUGCUGACUGCGGCCACGGAUCUCUGGUGGAUCCAGAGGGGUGGCACCCCCUGGCUGGGGUUGCUGCCCUGCGAAGGGCUGGAUGGAGUUUGUGCGGGGCUAUGGGGAGCCCUGGUGGUCCUAUUGGCCAGGGAUGUAUCUGCUGGCACGGGCUGCUUUAGCUUGGCCUUGGGUUGCAUGCAGGCAGCAUUCAGCGCUGGAGCCAUCGCUAGCUCCACGUGCGCAGGCUACCUGGCCAGCAGCGUCAAUUUCGGAGCGGCCUUUGCGAUGUUGGCAGGGGCGGGCUGUGCAGCGACAGUUGUGGCAGCAAUCCUUCCGGAAACGAUGGAGGAGGAGUCGAAGCCGCGACCCGACGGAUGCGAAUGGCGACCCUCUUGCUGCACGUUCGCCAGGUUCUGGCCGCGAGUAGCAUCCAGCUAA